AUGAUGCUUCUGGGUAUUUUGCUUGUUGGUGCCCUUUGGGGUGUCACUACACCUCUGCUGCGGCUCGAGAGUAAAGAGGAGGAGAAGCAGCAGCAGCAGCAGCAACAGCAGCAGCAGCAGCAGCAGCAGCAAAAAACAAACACGAGGAUGCCGUUGCUGCUGCAGUUGUUUCUACGCUGGCGGUUUGUGGUUUUGUAUCUCCUCAAUCAACUCGGCUCGAUCGUCUUCUAUAACCUCCUAGGCAGCUACGGUGAGGCGCUAGCUAGCUAG